UGCUGGCAGCGAGAGGUUUUCAGUAGAAUUCAUCAAUAUCUUUAUGUUAUUUGACGUGAAUUAGUAUUUUUUUGUUAUCAGUGUCAGAUUUGUUUGUUUAUAAAAGUUUAACGUGUGAUAUACGGACGAGUUUGUGAAUAUUUUUUAAGGUUUAAAAACUCGAGAUGUUUCAUGAUAGAAUUGAACCUUCGUGGAAAAUUAGAAGCUAAGGAGCUAGGUGGUGGCCGAACUGUGGCCAGGAUGACUUGUGCAUGAUGCCACGACGAAAGCGGAGGCUAGCGUCCCGCAUCAGGGAGUACAUUAGAGGAUUGUUGGCUUUCCUCUUUAGCAACAUUGGUGUCAUUGUGUUAGUUGUCGCUUAUACUAUAGCAGGACCAGCGAAGUCGACUCCACUUCGAGAAAACGGACGAGAUGCUGUAACACGAGCCUUAGGUGCAGUUAUGUUUCAAGCUAUAGAGGGAUCAAGUGAGAUUGACAGAGUCAACAACAUGACGCGGGAAAGAGACAACACUGCACAAUAUUUGUGGCAAAAUGUCACGUUAACACUCAAUUUGUUUAACGAAACAGCUCUUAAAGAGAAAAUAGGUGUAGAACUACUGCGGUAUCAGAAGAAAAUUGUGUUCGCCGUACGUCACGGGUGGGACGGAGGUCGAUCUUCUAGACAGUGGAGUUUCUCUUCUGCAUUCCUCUACUCUCUUACAGUUAUAACCACGAUAGGUUAUGGGCAUCUCAGUCCCCGGACGGCUUGGGGUAAGAUAGUGACCGUGUUUUACGCACUGCUAGGAAUGCCCCUCUUUCUCUUAUACCUCAGUAAUGUAGGUGAGCUGUUGGCAAGUUGGUUCAAGUGUUUGUACGCGUUAGUCUGUCUGUGUCGUGGCUGUCCUGGGUUCACUCGUCGAAGAAUAGUUCAAUAUAGAACACAGAUAGAAUCAAGUGAUCCAGAAAGUAUAGAACAGCCACGCUUCCCUGAUUCAUAUGGAGCAGAUGUAUCUCCGCCUAUGUUGACAUCUUCAUUUAACUAUUUAGCAAACAGAAGACAUAAUUUAAGACAAAGUACGCGAGCUGAUUAUAUACGCAGUAUUUCCCUGCCCCAGUCUACAGGAUACCCUAGCGAGGUGAUACACCAGGGUUGGUCUGAACCUGCCGCCUACGAAACAGACGACAGUAUGUCCAGUUUUAGUUACGUGACCUUCGAUGCACAAACAGUAACAGUACCUAUUAGCGUUUGUAUCGCUUUUAUGGUUGGAUAUAUAAUGUUCGGUUCGAUGAUAUUCGGUCUCUGGGAGAAGUGGGACAAGUUAGACGGAGCUUAUUUCUGUUUUAUUUCACUGAGCAGUAUAGGCUUCGGUGAUAUAGUCCCGGGUGAGAGAGUGUACACACCACGUAUUGAGACAUCAUUCAUCGUGUGCUCUCUGUAUUUGAUGCUGGGAAUGGCGCUUGUUGCUAUGUGCUUCAAUCUGAUGCAGGAACAGGUUAUGCACUACUUUGCUUGUCUGAAACGGGUCUUAAUAAGAAUAUGCAGAUGCAAAAGAUGACAAUAUAUCAGUUUUAUUGUAAUAUUUAGUUUGCAAGAAUAUUUAAAUGUUUAAAUAAUAAGUUGUUUAUAAAAACUCGCUCUACAAAGUUCAAAUUUAAAAUAAAUGAAUAUAAUUUAAUACCCAACAA